AUGUCUGACUCUAUCUUCGGCAGUAUUUCCUUUUUGGGAUAUCCAGCUAUCGCAUACACCGACAUAAUCACUAUCUUCAUUUUCUUGGGACUGUUAUGUACUGUUUCUUUGGCUUUUAUCCGCCUAUGGCUCAGCCCAAUUGCCGCAUUCCCCGGUCCCAAACUCGCGGCAGUUACAUUCUGGUAUGAGUUCUACUACGACUGGAUUUUGACUGGGAAAUACUAUCAACGUAUCAAAGAACUACAUGAUGAAUAUGGACCAAUUGUUCGCAUCUCCCCAGAUGAACUCCAUAUCGACGAUGCAUCAUUUUAUGACCAACUUUAUGUCUCAACUGCAGUCAGGAAGAGUCAUGGCUACCACCGCUUCUAUAUGACUGCUCUCGCAAUAGAUCAUGACAUGCAUCGAGCUAGCAUAGCACCUUUGAAGCCGUUCUUCUCCCACGCUGGUAUCACACGGGUCGAAUCUAGAGUCGACGCAUGUGUCCUCAAGCUUGGUCAGAAACUGGAAGAGCUGGCCAGCGUCAAUACCGAACCGAAAAGUCCAGUCAUUGUAAACUUGACGCACGCCUUUAAUUCAUACACAAAUGAUGUUAUCUCGUCAAUUCUAUUCGAAGAUCCAAGCGACUUUUUAAAUGAUCCUGAAUUCAACGCCCCUUGGUAUGAAAAUGUUAAACGAGGUCUGUUGGCUAUUCCACUCUUUGCCCACCUUCCAUGGCUAGCAAGUUCCAUUGAUAAGGUUUAUCAUGGAACGAACGACUGA